CCAAGCAAGAUCAUGUUCGCUGACAGCACGAAAUCGUCCGCGGCCUUGGGUUGUUUCUUCUUCUCACGAUGCUCUGGGCACUGCCUGAGUGUCUUGGAUCAGACCUACCCUACCGAGACAAGCACUCCAGCACCUGAGCUCAGAAACACCCAAGACGCUGUUUCCGACCCGUGGGUUCUGAUGAACAGCAAGGGGGCCCCCAUCGAUUCAGUCGGGAUUUCGGUUCUUCCGCCUUGCCACGAUGUGGCGGCCACUUUCCAGGAAAGGAACUCCCACGAGCUAUUCGUCAUGGCAGCGCGCAAACGUUAG